UGACAAAGUCUUUUGUACCCUAUAAUACAUAUAGCCAUUAAUACUGCUUCUUGAACUCCAAACAAAUUAGAGGUAAUUUGCAUACUUUAAUCCAAAUUUUAAGCCAUUCUUGAAUUCAAAUUAGAGCCAUGAAACAAGAUCAUCUUCAUACUUUAGACCCUUUUGUUGAAUCAAAAAGUGUUUACAAUCAGCAAAGCAAAUUAUCAACCACACUUUUACCAUGCAACGAACAAAGACAAGAAGAGAGUGCUGAUAUAGAGUUCCAAACUUGUGAAGAUAUAACAAAUGAUUAUUUUCCUUGUUCUCCACCUCUAUGGACUCAAAGGCCAUUAGGAGUCGCCAAAAAUCAAGCUUCUACCUUACCAUGCUAUGACUAUUUUGGCAAUCCUUUUCCAGGAUCAAGAUUACAAGUGAUCAAGAAUGGUAGGAGGCACCUCAUGGAGAUGAUUCAGGACUUGCCAGAAUCAUCUUUUGAGCUGUCAUUGAAAGAUAUUGUUGAUGAUCAACAAAGCACAGAAGAGAGUAAACAGGCUACAACAGUAAAAGGGAGCGAUCAAAAAGUUAGAAUGCCACAACAGAGAAAAACUUUGAAGAGGAGUCAAAUAUCAAGAAGUGAAAGCAUGGAAAGUGGGGUUUUCCUACUGAAAAUGUUCCUCCCAGCUUCUAUAGGUAGCAAGAAGAAACUAAAGCCAAGGAACUGCUCAAAAGUUUCUUCAAAAACAUCGGUUGAUGAAUCAGAGAAAUCUGUGAAUAGGGACUGGUGGAGGAUUAUAUAUGUAGUUCUUAAAGAUAAUAAGUAUAGCAGAAGCAUCAAGAAAAGCAUGAGUGCCAAUAGCAGCAGCAAAAGCAGGCUGGUUGAAAGCAACUGCAAAGAGAGAAAACAGAGAGGGUGCUUCUUUUAGUUUAGCAGAAAAAAGAACAAAUAGAAUAAACAGCAAAUACUGCCAGGAUGUAGAAAAAUAAAGUUGCAAAUAUGUGAAGUUUCUGCAUGUAAUACUCCAGCACAAGCUUUUUUAUGUAACUGCGGUCUUGUAUAUCAUUUACAAUCAUAGUUACAAUGAGGUUUUAGGCUAAAGAAAUCCAGAUAUGAUAAUGCAAAUGAUGCCUACAGGAAAUGAAUUCACAGCAUUUGCAAUAAUCUUUUAUCAAUAAA